AUGCGCAAUGUUAGCAAACGCUAGACUUCGUGUAGCAGUCUUGCUUUUCGAUUCUGAUUUUGUUUAGUCUGUUUUCGAUUUUGUAUUAUCAUUGUGAUUAUUGUCUACUGAUCUGUUUUGAUUCACUUAGAAUCAUAGCCAAUAUAAAAAGAGAAGAAAAAGAAGAAGACCUCAUGUAGCACGACACAGAAUCAAAAAUCGUUGCAUAUAGCAUGUUAUUCGUCGAAAGUAUUCAUGUCUGUAUCCAGGUCUGUUUUUUUUAUAGCUGAACUAGUGUACACUUGUUAUAUUUAAAUUAAAAGAAAUAUAUAUUUGAAGUGGAGAUAGAAACACAAAAAUGAGAUAGAAAAUUUUAGUGCAACCCAGUACAGGAACAGAAAACAAAUUUAUAGGCAUGACUAUAUAUCGUUCAACGUGCACCUUUUGUAAGGAGACACUGGACAGGUUCUAACUAAAAUGUUUUUUUGAAGCAAGAAAAAAUACCCAAGAUAUAUUUGUGCCAUAGAAGUUUUAAUUUUCACCAAAAAUAUUGCAACAAUGGGAAAAACAUCAAAAGAUAAGCGGGAUAUAUAUUAUAGAAAAGCGAAGGAAGAGGGAUGGCGAGCCCGAAGUGCUUUCAAAUUACUUCAAAUUGACUCGGAGUGUCACAUUUUUGAUGGAGUAUCCAAAGCGGUAGAUUUAUGUGCUGCUCCUGGAAGUUGGAGCCAAGUAUUAGCACGGAAGCUAAACGAAAAUUACAAGGAGGCUUUAAAAAAAGGUCCUGCAUCUCCUCCGAAAAUUGUUGCAGUUGACUUGCAAGCAAUGGCACCUUUGGAAGGAGUUAUCCAAUUACAGGGUGACAUUACCAACACAAGCACAGCAGAGCAGAUUAUUGCACACUUUGAUAAUACUCGAGCAGACUUGGUGGUAUGUGAUGGAGCACCUGAUGUGACUGGCCUACAUGAUAUGGAUAUAUUCAUUCAGUCACAGCUGCUACUGGCUGCUUUGAACAUAGCUACACAUAUUCUCAGAUCUGGUGGAACGUUUGUCGCAAAAAUCUUUCGCGCCAAAGACGUGACACUUCUGUACGCUCAAUUGAGGAUAUUUUUCCCUUACGUCUACUGCACGAAACCUAGCAGCUCUCGCAACUCAAGUAUAGAAGCAUUUGUGGUCUGUAAGGACUAUAGUCCGCCAGAAGGCUACAAGCCGAACAUGUUAAAUCCUUGGUUGACAGACGAACCAUGCAACUUCAACCAACUGACAGGAGUGAAUAGGGUCAUUGUUCCAUUCAUUGUGUGUGGAGAUCUCAGUCAGCCCGAUUCUGACAUGAGCUAUCCAUUAAAUUACGAAGGCAAGGAAUACAAAUAUCAUGAACCGGUGCAAGCUCCCAUUGCACCACCUUAUGAAGAAGCAUUGUUAAAAAAUAGGAAAAAGGCUGAGGAAAAUGCUUCCGCUUCCAAUUAUACCGAUUUCAGCGAGAUCGACAUUGAAAUGGCGAUUGAAAAUGAAAGUGAAUCGUCGAUAUCUAAAAUUAAACAAUCAUUAGUCAUUCCUGUGUGUAAUGAUUCCGACAAUAAGCCGAGCACAGUUACAAAAACCACGCAGAAUGAUGAUGACGAAAUAGUCGUUGAUGCAUUACAAAAUUUAUAUCAGCUUGACAUUUCCGAUUGUAACAUCGACUUUAACAAGACCAACGCCAAUGUGACGAUCGAACAUGAAAGCGAAUCAUUAUCAUCCGAAAUCCAACGAGUAUUUAUUGUUCCUAGGGAUGAUGAUUCUGAUAAUGAACCGAGUACAAGCGCGAAAAUCGCGUACAAUGAGAGUAAGAGUAACGAGAAAAGAGAUUAAUGCAAAAUUUAAAUCAAGUUAAUAUAUUUAACUUAUUUAAUUACUUAAGGCAGAAGAAAAU